AUGGGAAUAAAACUUUCAAAAUCGAAUCAUCCAUCUGCCCAACAUAAUCCUACAAGAGCAAUCAACUUUAAACGACGUUCAAGCAGAAGCACACACAGAAGCAGAAUGAUAAAUUCAAAAGAUGAUUAUGAUGGUAGUAGUAAGAAAGAAGAGUUCAAAUACGUUGACGGAAGAAGAUACCAUAAUGUUUCAAAUUUAAGGUAUCAUUUACCAAACGAUGAUAUCGAAAUUGAUAGACUACAAUUGCAACAUUACUUGACGAGAUAUAUCUGGCAAUCCAAUUAUUCCGCCCCCGUGCAUGAUUUAUUAGAACAUGGAGGUAAAGGAGUUCGAGUGCUUGAUGUAGGCUGCGGACCAGGAACGUGGAUUUUAGAAAUGGCAUCGAGUUAUCCAAAAACGGAAGAUUUUCAUGGGACAGACAUUUCAUCUUUAUUUCCCAACGCGAUUAAACCUGUUAAUUCGUCAUUUUCUCAACAAAACGUGUUGGAAGUCUUAAAAUUUCCCGACAACCAUUUUGAUUUUGUCUACAUGAGAUUCCUUAUGUUAGCACUCUCAAACGAACAAUGGAAAAACGUUGUCAUACCGGAACUGGUUCGCGUGACAAAAAAAGGUGGUUUCGUGGAAAUCAUGGAAUGGGACGUGAAUAUUUACAAUUCAGGUCCCAUUACCAAAAGAUUAAUGAAUUCGAUGAUAGCAGAUUUUAAUUCUCGCAACAUUGAUGAUCGUAUCAUAGACAUGAUACCAGAGUUCAUGAAAGAAAGUCAGAUGACGGAUAUCGAAAAAGAUUUUCGUGACUGUCCACAGGGUCGUUACGCUGGUAAACUAGGUAGUUUAAAUUUAGAUAAUGCGAUAACCAUCUUUCGCAUGUAUAAACCAAAGUUUUCUAAAGAGUAUGGGAUGACUUCUGAGGAAUAUGAUCAAUUAAUUGAAGACUUCAUUAAAGAAAUGGACAUUCACAAGUCUCAUAACAAAACCUUAAGGUUUUGGGGUAAGAAACUUUGA